GCGAGCGAACGCAUGCAUUUCUCCUCACCGGCUCGGUCGGACCCACGUCUAUUUUUCCCCUCUGACAUCAUCAUCAACAUCCAGCGGAUCGCGUCCAAAUCUCCAGUGUGUGUGCGUGUGCCUAGGUUCGGUGUUUGGGGCUCUUCUCCGUUCUUUUUGUGUUUUCUUGUGUGUGUUUUCUCUCCUGUGGAACCACGACGAGCUUAUUGAGAGCCGCACUCAACGCUUUUUAUACCGCCCCGCCGUCAGUCGUUAAGCGUAAUGCAUAGGAGCCGGCGCCGCUGCGCAGUCGCCGAGGAAGUGCCGAAAGUUGGGAGGAGCAGUCACCAGGUCGCCGGGACUCGAUAGGAGCAGCGAGAGUGAUCAGUGAUCUUAAAAAGACUGCCAAAGAACAUAUAAAUACAAAUACAUUCCGCACUUCCGACGCCGCCGCCGCCCCAAGCAAGCAUGUAUUCGGCGGUCCGCACCCACGACUACGACUAUCCCGAAUCGGAGAUGGACGAGCGGGAGAGCCUGUAUUUUGAUACCAUCUCCCUGGCGGACUCGGAGGCGGCUGCUGCUGCGGCUGCCCAUCGGAAGUCGCUGUCGCAGUCAAGGAACACCAUUUAUCACUCGGCAGUGGACCUGGCCGGCGAUGAGGGGCGCAGCAGCAGCAGCCUGCGUCUGGGUAGCGGCGCCGCUGCUGAGCAUGCGGCACUGGCCUGGCAACCGGGCUAUCGCCAGUCGACGGCACUGGAACACCUCAACGGAGGUGGUGAUCACACGGAUGCUGCCCUGGCCGCCCAGAUAUUAGCCCUACAGAACGGACGCGGCCAUUUGCCCACAGGCAUUGGGGUCAGCGGAUCAGGCGGCGGAGGAGGAGGAGGUGGUGACGAUGAGGUCUCUAGACGUCUGUUAAGAAAUAGUAGCAACAUUUCUAUUAAAGAUAAGAAAUUGCCAAUAACAUACUCCCAGUGGAAAUCGAGGACGUACAGACGCUUUGACGAUGGCAAGAGGAGCGUGGACUUUGUGUUGGCCUACAAUGGCGAGGACCAGGUGGAGGAGCAUCGUCGCAAGCGGGAAAUCUUCGAGGCGAACCUGCAGCGUGAAGGGUUACAGUUGGAGCACAACAAGGUGCAGCGAGUGCAUUUCAUCAAGAUCCAUGCCCCGGCCGAGGUGCUCUAUCGGUAUGCGGAGAUACUCAAGAUCAAGGUGCCGCUGAAGCCCAUUCCCGGGCAGGAGCAGGUCUUUGCCGAAUCCGAGCAUCAAUUCAAGUCCGUGGUGAGCCGCAUGUGUCGCAGUCUCUUUAGCUCCGUUCAGCUGAACACGGCCCUCUUUCCGGAGCGUGAACCACGCAUCCAUCUGGAGUUCUCCCGCAAUUACCUAGAGCUGUACGACACCGAACAUCCGAAUUUCUUUGAUGCCAGCACCCGCUAUUCCAUCAUUAACUUUAUACUGCAGCGACAGCAUUUUGUUGAGGGCGAGGAGUCGGCGGACAAUCUGGGCAUCGAGAAGCUUGUACAGGACAGCGUCUACACCUGCUCCUACACCCUGCAUGAUAAGGACGAUAGGGAUCGCCUGCUCAAGGAGUGGGCCAACAUCACCAAAUGGAAGAACCUGCAGCCGUUAGACCAAAUCAAAGACUACUUUGGCGCAAAGGUGGCCCUGUACUUCGCCUGGCUGGGCUUCUACACGCAAAUGCUUAUCCCCAUCAGCUUGUUUGGAGUGAUCUGCUUCCUCUAUGGCUUCAUAACGUGGAGCAGCGAUCCCAUUAGCCGGGACAUUUGCGACGACAAUGGAACGAUCAUGUGUCCACAGUGCGAUCGCAGCUGUGACUACUGGCGUCUGAAUGAGACGUGUACGUCUUCCAGGUUCAACUAUCUGAUUGAUAACAAUAUGACCGUGGUGUUUGCCUUGGCGAUGGCUGUGUGGGCAGUGGCCUAUUUGGAGUUUUGGAAACGCUACUCGGCAGGCCUGGUGCAUCGUUGGGGCCUUACGGGCUUCACCCAUCACGUGGAGCAUCCGCGUCCCCAGUACUUGGCCAAAAUAUCGCGUUCUAAACGGCUGGCCAAUAGGACGACGACGACAACGAUGCAGGGUAACCACGAAGCCAAGCCUAAGGUAACCUUGGAUCCGGAUGUGCCUUUUUGGAGUAUCAAAUUCCUGCCCAACUUCACCAGCUACAGCAUCAUGAUAUUGUUCAUUUGCAUAUCAGUCAUCGCCAUAGCGGGCAUCAUCAUCUAUCGAAUGGCGCAACGGGCCUCGCACAGCAUCCUGGGCAGUGAGAAUUCCAUGACGUUCAAGGUCAUGAUUCUGCCGAUGACGGCGGGAGUGAUCGAUCUGAUUGUAAUCUCACUGCUGGAUCUGGUAUACUCUAAUCUGGCCGUGCGUCUGACCAACUACGAGUACUGCCGCACCCAGACGGAGUACGACGAGAGCCUGACCAUCAAGAAUUAUGUGUUCCAGUUUGUCAACUACUAUUCCUCGCUCUUCUACAUAGCCUUUCUUAAGGGCAAGUUCGUUGGCUACCCGGCCAAGUAUAAUCGAGUGCUUGGCUUUCGACAGGAGGAAUGCAAUCCCGGUGGCUGCCUCAUGGAGCUCUGCAUGCAGCUGGUCAUCAUAAUGGCGGGCAAGCAGGUGGUCAAUGCCAUUGUUGAGAUGUUUAUACCCUACCUGAUGCGCACCCUCAAGGAGCUGAGCUACCGUCAUGGCUGGUACAAAAGCCACAAGGACAACCGUCUGGUGCCGUACAAUCAAUUUACCGAGGACUACAAUCUCCUGCCCGCCGAGAGUAAUUCACUUUAUGUGGAAUAUCUAGAAAUGGUUGUUCAGUUUGGAUUCAUUACCCUGUUCAGCUUGGCCUUCCCGCUGGCCCCGCUGCUGGCACUGAUUAACAAUGUGGUCGAGGUGCGCCUGGAUGCCAUUAAAAUGCUACGCUUCCUGCGCCGGCCGGUGGGGAUGAGAGCCCACGACAUUGGCGUCUGGCAUAAUAUCAUGACCGUGGUCACCCGAAUAGCCGUGGCAUCGAGCGCAAUGAUAAUCGCAUUUAGCUCUAAUCUAAUACCCAAAAUUGUGUAUGCUGCCUCCAUGGGUGACCCAGAGCUGAACAACUAUUUGAACUUCACCCUAGCUGUGUUCAACACCAAAGACUUCCAGGUGGAGCCGCUUCUGGGUGGCAGUCAGUAUGUGAAUGAGACGGUGUGCCGAUACACAGAGUUCCGAAACCCGCCGUGGCAUCCGCAGCCCUACAAGCGUCCCAUGAUUUACUGGAAAAUACUGACUGGUCGGCUAGCCUUUAUUGUUAUAUACCAGAACAUCAUCACCAUGCUGCAGGGCAUCCUGCGUUGGGCCGUUCCGGAUGUCUCCGGACGCCUGCUGAAGCGUAUCAAACGUGAAAACUUUUUGCUACGCGAACACAUCAUUGAGUACGAGAGGCAGCAGGUUCAUAUCCAAGCAGGGACGACAACAACGACACCGUCCCAGCUGAAGGCAGAGGAAAGCGCUGGUCUCCGUCAGCGACAACGUGAGUCCGAUGACAACAACACCAACACAUCUUUCGUAUAGGAGGAGGGAGCCACUUGUUUUGUUCCUUGGCUCCUUCUGCUCCUGCAUGCCAUGUUAUCGCAUUACCGUGCUUCUCUGUUUCGUACUUAACAUGUUUCGUGUGUGUCCUGAAUGGGGAAAUGCUCAACGAAUAUAAGAGGUAACUUGCGUCGUAUUGAAGCCCUCGAAGUCAAGCAAUUGCAUUUUUUUAGACAUUACAUACACACAGAAAGAAAGGUUUUAUAUUGUUAUGAGAUGCAGGCAGGAGGAUCGAAUCAUUGGCAUCCCCGUUAGCAUCGCUUUAACAGCACCCCGAAUAUACAGUUAUAGAUAUAUGUAUCAUAUGUAUUUGAAUAUUUUUACACGUCCAAAGUGCAUUAAAAUGAAAAGGGAAAACAACGAGUAUUUAUAAUUUGUAAAACGGAAUUGUUGGUAGCUAUAUAUAAUAUAUAUAUACAUACAUAUUUAUAUGUACGAUUAUGAACAAAGCUAACAACACAUAACACUAAGAAACAAUCCAAUAUGUACCUUACAAACUGUUACCCACACAACCGAAAAGCGAUACACACAUAUGUACAAGCAGCAGCUAGCUCUCCUUCAAAUCCUUUGUUUUCCUAUUAUUAUUGUUGAUUAUUGCCCAGCGAGAGAGCAAGCGCAGUAUUUUUUUGAACAAUUCGUAAUGCUACUUACAUGUACAUACAGUGAAUUGUUGUUUUGAUAAAAUAUAUUUAUACGAUAACAAUGAGGACUACGAUUACGAUAGUGAUUAAGGAUAAGGGAAACGAAUUGUGUUGUGUACGCUGCCUGUGUCUGUAUGUGAAUUAUUUAAUAAAUAAAGGAUUGAGCUCCAUUAAUGUCAAAAAGUAA